AUGAGCAAUCCCGAAACUGCCUCGUUCCUGUGCGGCCUCGAAGGCACGGACGUCACUCCCGAUCCACCAUCCGAGCCGCCUCUCCACCUGCCCCGCCAAACCUGGGCUCCAAAGUCGCACGUUGAGUUGACGACCUUGAAAGCGCUCAAGAAAUUGGAAUGCGAUGUUGUCCCCGAUUUCCUUGCUUAUUAA